AUGGCGGCGCUGAGGACGGUAGGUGCUGGCGGCUCCUGUGCCUGUUUGGGGGGGGUGGGGAAACUGAGGCAGCCCCACUCCCACCCCACAGGUUCUGGGGUGUCGGGGGGCUCCUGCCCCACCCCCCGGCAAUGCCGGGGGGUGUCGGGGGGGCUGCUGCAGCACCUGGGCCAGUGGUUCUACGAGGUGGACGUGGCGACGGCCUGGGGAGAGCGGCUGCGGCAACACUGGCUGCGGCGACACUGGCUGCGGAGCAGGAAUGCAUGCGUGGGGCUGGGUUGGGGCCCCCCCCCCGCUGCCCCCCAACUUGUGGGGUGGGAGUCCCCUGCCCUGCUUUGGGGGUGUCCCGCUUCCCCCCGGGGGGGGGUGGCCCUCGCCUUGAUGCCCCCCCCCCCCAGAUUUGAGGGGCAGGAGCACUGGAUCUGGCCGGAGAGCUGCUGGCGCCCUGAAGUGCUGCACCUCCAUGACAUCCCUGUGGUGGCCCUGGACCUCAGCAGCUCCCCCCUCACCUACGAUGGCUUGGACAACCUGGUGCCGCUGACCUGGCUGCAACACCUCGACCUGAGCGGGUGCCCCCACCUUGACAACUGGGCUCUGGGGCAACUGCACAUCUUUGGGGACAGCCUGCGGGAGCUGUCGGUGGCCCGCUGUCCCCACGUCACCGAGAGGGGUCUGGCCACCCUCCACCACCUCCAGGAGCUUUGGCGCCUGGAUGUGGCAGGGGUGCGGGUGCCCAGCCCGGGGCUGGUCCGUAUCCUGCUGGAGGAGAUGCUGCUGGGCUGCCAGAUCCUGGGCAUGGACCUCGGGGACAGCGUAGGGACGGGGACACUGACACCAUCGGGAGGGGGAAAGCCCCCUGCCUGAGGCUGACAGGGUUUUGGGGUGUGGAGGGAGCCACAUCAUCUGUGUCCCCCCGGAGAAU